AUGCGGACAAACACGCCCGCCCACUCCGACAUCCCGCCCACUCCGACAUCCCGCCCACUCAGAUAUCCCGCCCACUCCGACAUCCCGCCCACUCAGAUAUCCCGCCCACUCCGACAUCCCGCCCACUCCGACAUCCCGCCCACUCCGACAUCCCGCCCACUCCGACAACCCACCCACUCCGACAUCCCGCCCACUCCGACAACCCACCCACUCCGACAUCCCGCCCACUCCGUCAUCCCGCCCACUCCGACAUCCCGCCCACUCCGACAACCCACCCACUCCGACAUCCCGCCCAUUCCGACAUCCCGUCCACUCCGACAACCCGUCCACUCCGACAACCCGCCCACUCCGACAUCCCGCCCACUCCGACAUCCCGCCCACUCCGACAACCCACCCACUCCGACAUCCCGCCCAUUCCGACAUCCCGUCCACUCCGACAACCCGUCCACUCCGACAACCCGCCCACUCCGACAUCCCGCCCACUCCGACAUCCCGCCCACUCCGACAACCCACCCACUCCGACAUCCCGCCCAUUCCGACAUCCCGUCCACUCCGACAACCCGUCCACUCCGACAUCCCGCCCACUCCGACAUCCCGCCCACUCCGACAACCCGCCCACUCCGACAUCCCGCCCACUCCGACAUCCCGCCCAUUCCGACAUCCCGUCCACUCCGACAUCCCGUCCACUCCGACAACCCGCCCACUCCGACAUCCCGCCCACUCCGACAUCCCGCCCACUCCGACAACCCGUCCACUCCGACAACCCACCCACUCCGACAACCCGCCCACUCCGACAUCCCGCCCACUCCGACAACCCACCCACUCCGACAACCCGCCCACUCCGACAUCCCGCCCACUCCGACAUCCCGCCCACUCCGACAUCCCGCCCACUCCGACAUCCCGCCCAUUCCGACAUCCCGCCCACUCCGACAUCCCGCCCACUUCGACAUCCCGCCCACUCCGACAUCCCGCCCACUCCGACAUCCCGUCCACUCCGACAACCCGCCCACUCCGACAUCCCGGCCACUUCGACAUCCCGCCCACUCCGACAUCCCGCCCACUCCGACAUCCCGCCCACUCCGACAUCCCACCCACUCCGACAUCCCGCCCACUCCGACAUCCCGCCCACUCCGACAUCCCGCCCACUCCGACAUCCCGCCCACUCCGACAUCCCACCCACUCCGACAUCCCGCCCACUCCGACAUCCCGCCCACUCCGACAUCCCGCCCACUCCGACAUCCCGCCCACUCCGACAACGCACCCACUCCGACAUCCCGCCCACUCCGACAUCCCGCCCACUCCAAAAUCCCGCCCACUCCGACAACCCACCCACUCCGACAUCCCGCCCACUCCGACAUCCCGCCCACUCCGACAACGCACCCACUCCGACAUCCCGCCCACUCCGACAUCCCGCCCACUCCGACAACGCACCCACUCCGACAUCCCGCCCACUCCGACAUCCCGCCCACUCCGACAUCCCGCCCACUCCGACAUCCCGCCCACUCAGAUAUCCCGCCCACUCCGACAACGCACCCACUCCGACAUCCCGCCCACUCCGACAACCCGCCCACUCCGACAACCCGCCCACUCCGACAACCCGCCCACUCCGACAACCCGCUACAACACUCCUACAACCCGCCCACUCCCUAA